GUCGAGACGAGUAGACGAGUCAAAUAUGGCGGACGAGCAGGACGAGCGCGACGUGAAUUCGAGCAGAGUUGUAGAAGGUUAGAAAAACAAACCAGUAUAUACCUCAAUCAUUAAUGUAUCUUCCUCUAGUUUGCGUAAAAAUCUAGAGGGUAUAGGUACCGUUAUAUGGGAGCAUCUUUCUUAAAUGUGCGAGCAUUUCUUUCAAUAAUCAGAUGCAAAAAGGCCGUUGAUCAAUUUGUGACGUGCUGCUUUACGAACCAAUCAACUUUAUACUUUAAAACCUAGGCCAUUUUAAAUAGUGUUUCUUUACUCCACUUCCGAGGCCUGUUGUUCUGUAGUCAUAGAAUAUCUGUUUAAUUCAAGUGGCAAAAUGACUGCGUAUUCUGCAGUCCUUACAAAGAAGACAUGGAUUUCAUGAAUGUAUUAUCAUGUGCUCGGUUUACAGUCUUCCAUGAAGUAUAGACAUGAUUGUAGAAAUAGUCUUUGUCAGUGAUGAAAUACGUACAAAAAUACCCCAGACAUCGAAUUAUGAAUCAAAGAAAAUUUGAAUUUUGGAAGAAAAUGGUAUAAAUUCUAUUAAAGUACAGAAAAGCUCAUAACUCGAUUUUAUCUGGGAGAUAUGGUGACCCUUACGGGAGACCAGGAGAUCGGUUCAUAUCUGGGAGACUCCUGCAUAAUCUGGGAGAGUUGGCAUGUAUAUGGGUUUAUGGUCAAGUCGCCCGAAAGUCAUCUCACCCAAAGUUAUGUUGCUUGAAACCAGAGUUAUCUUGCCCGAAAAUUUAUCAUGUUCGGCAACAUCCUAACAUGUUUUGUUACAUCAAGAUAUAUUGCUCAUUUGACGCGCUUGCUUCGUUUCAUCAAGGCUAAAAGAUCAACAUAUGUUACACAUUCAUCUUCCUUGUUUCAUCUCUUCAUCUCAUAAAGAACAGUUUAUGAUACACCUUCAUCCUGCUGGUUUCGUCUUACCAUAGCAUCAUUGCUUAAAGAACGAGACUAAAUUAUUAUCCCACUUGUUUUGUUUCAUUAUUGCUUAAAGAACAAGAUUUAUUAUGUAUACUCUUUAAUAAAAUUUUGGGCGACUUGAGUAAAAAUUUUGGGCAACGUGACACUGGUUUCAGGUGACAUAACUUUGGGUAAGAUGACUUUUGAGUGACUUGACUGGUUACCAUGUAAUGACUAAAGUAGAGCAACUAUUCUCUCAGUCCUGUUAUUAUUCAUGAUUAUUGGAUCACCAGAAUCAGAGAGAGCAGCAUUGAAUGUUUGCCAACUUGUUUGAUAUACCCUUUUUAUUGUUAUUUUUAGCUGCGCAAUAAUGUGACACCGGUAUACAAUGCAUAUAUGUUGUGGUUCAAAUUUAUCCUUGGUUUAAAUUUUAAUUUCUUUUGUUUCAAAAUCAUUAUCGUACAUUAUCAUACGCAAAAACAAAGGAAAAUAUAAUUUAAACCAAGGAAAAAUUUGAACCACAACAUAUACACGUGAUGCAUUUGCAACACAUUAGGCCAGGUAAAAAAACAACCAAACAAAAUAAAUUUUCAAUGUUUCUUGUCUGGAUUUCUGUAACAAAAAAAGAGAGAGCUAGCGGGCAAUCUUUUUUAUUAUUUCUGAUUUUUUAUUAUUAUUGCAAUUUGAAUGCUAUCUUUACAAAUUAUUAUAACUCUCCCCCAGGGAUAAUUUGGAGAUUUUUGGCCAAAUGUUAAGCAAUGAAAUGUUAAAUAAUAAUUAUUGUUAUUAUUAUUGCUCAGGCAUUUCCAUGGGAAUGACCGAGCUUUAAAAUGGGCUUAGUUUCUCCUUCUGGCACAAAUCACCCUCUGGUGCAUACAGCACCCGUGCAAGAUAUGAGUAUGUGUAGAGAGCGUAGAACACAUGGCUGCCUGAGAAACAGUGAGCAAAGCCAUUUGUAUUCGGUGUAUAAUCUCAGUGGUCGCAGGAAUAAAUUCUGUCAUUACUUAUUCAGGGCUUCUGAUAUUUCGCGCAGCCGCAGACCCGCGAAAUUCAGGUAUUUCCGCGAAAUCCCGCGAAAUUCCAAAAAAAACGCGAAAUACGCCAGAAAUAUUUCCAAAUACAUGUCGGCAAAACAUUUAAUACUUAUCUUGGUUAUUAGACCUGUUCUAUUCACCCCAAACAUCCAAAUUUAUCUUGAAACUUCAUCACUGCAACGAGUAAACAACGUCCCAAAACUACCAGGCUUCCAUAGAUGAACGUUGCGAAAAACUGGGCACUAACCAUAAUGUUAACAGCUUUAUUAGCAUUCUCUCAUUUCUCGAGCGAACUGUUGUUGAAAGAGCAAAUGAUUAUCCCUGUUAAAAAAACGUUAAACAGCGCUGGUCAUAUCGACGCAAAAUUGAUCAAUUUUAGCGAAAUUUGCCAAAAAAAAUCCAGCGAAAUCGGCUGUUUUUCACUGAUUGUUCCUUGGCAAAGUUUCCCCCUGAAAUUUCCCGUGAAAUCGGCCGAUUUUCCUAAGAAUUUACCCCUGAAAAUCCUUCGAAAUUUGACUUUUUUCCGCUAAAAUCCCGCGAAAUCGGCCGAUUUUUCUGCAAAUUUUGACUUUUCUCCAGCGAUAAUCCCGCGAAAUCGGCCGAUUUUUCCGUGAAUUUGCCCCUGAAAAAUUUUUUUUUCCACAAAAUAUCAGAAGCCCUGCUUAUUCGUAAAAACUUUAUACCAAAUGUACACUCAUCUCUAGACCGACAGUAAAAGAUGGAAAGCAAACAGUUCAGUUCAAUCAGUGACUGAAUAACUCUUCUGAGUGAACCUUAUCAAGAAGCCUUCUCAGAGUAAUGAGCUACCAACAGAAUUUGAACAGAGUCUUUCUCAUCAACUCAGGAGUCUUGUCUUAGAUAUUGGGAAUGCCUCCAUAUAAGCUAAUAGUUGCCUUGCAGAAGGAGAAACAGAAAUGAAUUGAGUACUUCUCAAUUAGCUUUUGUGUAACGUAAUAUUCUUGCUCUUUGCUUUGAUGUCAUGGGUUUUAUCUUCCUUUGUUUUUGUGACCUCUAUCAUACAAUUAUUGCAAUCUAAUACUUUAGUCAUUCAUAUGUUUCCAGAUGUUUAUGUAUAUAGACUCUUGUUAUUUCAAUUUACGUUGCCUUUGAAACGGGUUGUCAGAAAGUUUUGAAGUAGAUGGCUGAGUUGUGAAAGUAAGCUGCCAGUCCAGGGAUAUUUUAUUUAAAAAAGGCCACCCAUAAAGAAAUGCCAAGCAGAGUAGCCAGCCGAUACUAACCAAGUAGGCAGCAAUUUUCGGCGGCAGCCGGCUACUUUUGAAAACCCUGCUUGAAGACUGUGAUUUCCUAGAUUAAGUUUUUUCAUAUGAAUUUUUUUGUACGGACGCCCGAGCCCAUGCAGUUUAUAUGUGUCUAGUCAUGAUGAUUAAACUCAAAUUUGGUUUAUUUUGAUUCAUGUUUUAAACAACAAAAUGCGUCAUACAUUAUAUCACAAUAGGUAGGGUGCAUUAAAAAAUGUCAAUGUAGGACUCAGUAUUUAGUAAAUGUUCCGUUUUAUGAAAAGUAAGGGCUGUUACAUAGAAUUGUAGAAUUAGUGGUGCUGAUAGUAACGUCUGUUGGCUUUUGUUUGUUCCAGCUUUUCCAACAACAAAUAAUUUUAAAAAAGUGAUGGCCCCAAAACAUUUAUCAGGCAGGGACAAGAAGCAUUUCUUUUUGUUUAUCUUUUGCUUGGCCUUACUUUUUUAUGUUUUUUUAAUAGGGUCACUGUAUUCUGACCUUCAUGGAAGUGUAAGAUACAGUUUAGGACAAAUGGGACUUCAGGUAACUUCUCUACUAAUCUACACAAAAUACUAUGUUCCUGAUAUUACUCAAUUGUAUAUUGUUUACUUUAACCAUUUUACUCCUAGACUGCAUGGUGGAGUCUUGUAAAGUGGUUUGAAGUUCUGAGACUUUGAAUGAAAUCCUAUAAUAAUUAUGUGACCAUUCAAAUAAAAUCUCUCCAACUGUACUAUUUUGUUCUUCCACAAUUAAUUUUCCUGAAAUAAAAUUUGCUAAAAUUGUUGACUUCAUAAAAGGGAAAAGGUUAAUAAGUUUCUAUUAUCUCCUUAGAAAUGAGAUGCAGUAAAUGCGUGAUUUUUAAAUUGCAGUGAAAAGCGGAGAAGAUUAGUGUGAAAUAUAUUAUGAGGCUCAAAAUAUCAGGCUGGGUAAAAUAACAGUGUUGACUAGGGGAAGAUUCACCAGGUUCAUACCCAACCAUCACGGUUUUGACAAGAAACUUUGUUCCACUUUGUUUCUCCUCACCCAGGUGUAUUAAUGGUGGCUUUGGUGCAACGUAUCAUAGAGGGUAACCCUGUAAGUUAAUAGACUGCUAUCCAAUUCAGCAGGGAGUAGCAAUACCCCUCUGUACUUAAUGCUGCAAAACCGCAAAACCAGGGAGAGCUCACGCUUGUGAAUCUCAUAGCUGAUUUGUGCCUUUAUCUUGACUAUCGAAGGGAAAUUAUUGGGUUUUUGUACUUAUUAUCAGGAGGUUUGAGAGAUCAGGAUACCAAGUUGUAUACCGGUAUUUAAAAAUCAAAGUUUUUUCAUUUGAACUUUUUUCAUUACAAGACUGGUAAUACUUUUGUAUGAAUAUCUUAUUUGAUUUUAGCCACUGCAGCACUCUGCAAAGAGAUUUGUUACUUCAUUUUUAAACAAUGUUGUGAAAAAAAACAGUGAAGACGUAGAACAAAGACUGCGCCAUAAGCCUGUUAUCUUGGAGGGAUUUCAAACAGCACAGCGAAGCAAAAAACCCAAGAAAAAAGAAAUGUCUGCGAGAGAGAAAAGGAUUCAUGGGAUUUACAACAUAUCACCUAAAGGUCAAAGGUAAGGAUUCAGUUUAAUUUAUGCUUCCUGUAGACUAGCCUGAUUCUCAGAUGGUCAAAGGGAUCUCUCCUCUCCUCUGUCUAUCUCAUACAGUCAUUAUUAUAUGGAGGAUAUUACAUGGCUGCGCGGGGAUACGAAUUUUAUCUUCGAGUGCUGAAAGUAUCUCUCACGAGUGAGCAAAGCAAACGAGUGAGAAAUACUUUCAGCACGAGAAGAUAAAAUUCGUAUCCGCAAGCGGCCAUGUAAUGUUCUGUUUAUUUUAUAGAUAUGGAUGAAAUUCCUACAUAAAACACAACUAUUUUUAAUUCAUUUUUGAAACAGGAAAAUAGUGCAAUUUAUUAAAGUGGUCGCCUAUUGCAAAAUGCUUGUCACAAAAAUGUUAUGAAACUCGGAUAUAAAGUUAUAAAGGAGAAAUAAAGACGAUAAUACUUAUAUUUUCUGUUCCAAAAAGUCAAAAUUAAUGUUAGUAACCAUGGCGACAGCAAUAUCCUCACACAUGAAAGAUAAAAUGGUAUCUUCACUGUGCGCGAUGAAGAUAUGAUUUUUUAGUAAAAGGAAAAAUCCUGGUAUUUCAUCAGUAUCUAUAUAAUAAGGACAGUUUUUCAAUCUUUGUCCUUGGGGAAAUGUCUUACACUUCCUCUGUAUCUAACCAGCAGGGCCUAGUUGUUUGAAGGCCAAUUAGCGCUAACCCAGGGUUAAAUGUUAACCCGGGUCUCUUUUUCUUUUCAUCAAAAGCAUUUUCUUGGACAAUUUUGUCUAUUCUUUUUAGAGUAGCCAAUCAUCAAAUUGUUGACAAAAAGAAUUAAACUGAAUUUGCUUUUUAAGCUUUAUAUCUGAAUUCAAAUUUCGAUCUGACCCUGGGUUAUCUUAACCCAGCUUUGAACAACUCGGCCCUGGUAUCUAACCAGCAUGCAAACACUCUGUUAAUAUGGACACUUGUUAUGGCUCCCCCAAUGUCCGUAUUAAUGGGGGUUUGACUAUAUUACCUUUUUGGAUAUCUUUUUGAUAUCAUGGAACAUUGUUUAUUUCCACUAAUCACAAUGCAAUGGUAUACUUUCUUGGAAAUCUGGAAUUUGUUGAAUGUGACUACGCACAGCAUAGCAGCAAGUGGUUUACAUAAUACUCACCUGAGCCAAAUGCCAACAUUUUGGUUACUUAUAACUGAAGAGGAAACUUUCAAAAAUUGUGAUCAACCAUCAGCAGACUGGCAACUCACAUAAUUCACUUCUGCAAAGCAAUAAAACAUUAAACUAAGAAAUUUAAGCUACUGCCAAGUGGCUAGCAUACACAAAAAAUGGUGGCUAAACUACAUAAUUUACAUGGAGUGCUAACCUAAAAAUGUUGAGCUCAGAGGAUGCAAAACUCACAAGUCAUUGCAGAGUGACUGACUUUUAUAUAUGCCAUUCCUGCUGAACAUUUACACAACUGGCACAUUAAGAGGGUUUGUAAAUUUUUUAAACGGCUUUGGAAACAUUACUAUCAACUGGUUAAUUCUUAUUGAGAAGCCCUUUUGUUUGUCAUAAAAUUGAUUGUCAUGCUUUUGUUGGAUACAUAGACCUGCAUCAAGCUUUAAUAGCUUUGCUUGCUUUUCUUUAAUAUUAUACUAAUUUGAAGGGUUUGAAUCUAUUUCAAGGUAUGAGAUGUAUGUUCCUCUUCACAAGUUAUGGGAAGGUUAUAUGCAGAGCAUGCUUAAUCUACAUCCAAAAAGGUAAGGUCAGAUAUCAUACUACAUGUACUAAACAGUAACCCUCGUGGCGUACAACAAUGGCUAGCUGACCAGAGGUUGAAUAUGCUGACAGGGGCAUAACCAGCCUAUUAACCUGUUGGCCUGAGCCUACAAAUUUUUGGUUUGAUCACUCUGCCUCUUGUUAUAAAUUAUGCAUUUUGGGGGUGAGCUAAAAAGCAUACAAGGUCAAAGUGUUGGUGAGGACCGUGCUGGCCUACAACUAGUCGAAAAGCUGGCUAAGCCUUUGACUGACAAGGUGGUUAUGGUCCCACAAAAUAAGAAUUCUCCCCCCAAGAACUGUGAAUCAUUUUGAAGGAAGUAGGGGUGGAUGGUGGAAUUUUUUGGGCAAAUGUACAUGAGGUUAUCAGACUGAAACACUUUAAGACUAUUAAAAUCCCAACCAAAGGGAGUUGAUGGACAUGGUUCCCUCAUCCUCUUGCUCAUUUGUGUAUGGUUACUCCUUUUCAUUUGGGUUAUUAUUUACAGCAAAGUCUUACUGCAGUGCAGUUUGCCAUUGUUUCUUGAAAACCAGGCUUUCCUUAAUUCUUUAAACCCAAAAAUCAACAUGCAUAUUCUCCACAUCUCCUCGAGGAGAAUUUUAUCCAUCAAGACUUAUUUUCACUUCUCACAGCCUAAAAUUUUAUUAAGAUCAGUGUGACUUCAAGGAGAAAUUGAAUGUUGGUUAGUUACUUUUAGGGGGGGGUUAAGGGGUUUAGAGGUUAACAGGGAGCUGAUUUGAAAAGACAAUGCUACUGACACUGUUUCUAUCAUUAGUAAUCUAAAAGCUGCCUAUCCUAAGCUUCUUCGAGCUGAUUACCAUGGCUGUAUCCUGAAUAGUAAGUUCAUUUUCUGCUUUUCUUUGUUAAUAUACCACUGCUGGAAAAUUAAAUAUGUUUGACUCCGAAAGUCUUUCUUUCAAAAGUGCUGUAAUGAUCCCAACAGGAUCAUUAUACAUUUCUGGGAAACUGCCCACCUACCCCUCCCCAAAGCCAACAUUAACACUUAAUUCUCACUGAGGGCAAAAUGUUGGCUUAGGGGAGGGAUAGGUGGGUAGUUUCCCAGAAACGUAUAAUGAUCUGUGGAUCAUCAUACGUUUCUGGGAAACUGCCUACCCUACCCCUCCCCUAAGCUAACAUUAACAAUUACUCCUCACUUAGGCCAAAAUGUUGGCUUAGGGGAGGGGUAACCAGGUUUAUGUGGUAAAUGCGAAGCGCUAUAAAAGGCAGGCAAGGACGUUCACUCAACCCUGUCAGUGCUCUGGUACUGAGACGAGAGUAGCUCUGGUAUGCAAACACCAAGUGCUUCGGAAGUGUGGUGCAUUCCUUGUUUGGAGCUUUGUUCUUAUCUAUAGAAGCUUUAAAUCCCAUUGUAGCGAGGCCAAAACUACUUCAGCGUACGGGGAAUGUUUUGAAGUUUUCCGAACUCACUUCUGUGCUGCUUGAGGUUGUGUUCGCUUUGUCUUCCCCUUCAAGCAGAGGUCAAAUUCUCUCGAUGUAAACUGGCGUUCGCAAAGUGGCUACAUUUUAUCACUUUUUUUACUUAACAGUUUACUUAGUUUUGCAAAGAUCUUUGUUGCUCUUCAGCAACAAUACCGAUGUCUUUUAAAAACAUUUUAAGAAAACGACCUGCCAAUAGCAACACUGAUCAAGACUGUAAGAAAUUAUAUAAUCUGAUUGGCCAUGGACAGCCCCGAUUAAGUAUUUUUGGACAGUUUGAUAGGACAGUACAUGUCAUGUCUAAUUCCCCUCAGUAGUUGAACAGAAUUUGAUAGUACUAAAUAAAAUUGGAAAAUAUUCAGGGGCACCCAAUGACCGAAUUUUUUCCAGAUACGACAGAAUUGUCUCAGAUGGUUUUCCCUAUGCUCUAGAACCCAGUUUGGUUAAUUUGGGGCUGUCCUAAAAAAUAUUUGUCUGUUCGGAUGUCUUAGGGGGACUUUUCUGGUCACGAAAAUUUUUUGGUGGCUAUUUCAUCUUUUCCGAAACCUUAAGCUGUCCUUAUGGGUACGGUCGGACGUUCAAGGACAUGAACUAGCCGUACUUUCAAUAGAAACCUCUAGAACGCUUUGUCUUUAUACUGAAAUUGUUAGGAGACUUUUGGCAAUAUCUUGGUAAUGUGAAAAACACAACCUCUGAAAAUCGUAGGUAAGUCAAUAGAAAAACUCCGAACAUCUUAGACGAGUGGAACGGUUAUGCAGACAAUUUUUUAGCCUUUCUUGCGCUUUAGAAAUUUUUGGGCAAUAUUUGCUCCUUCGAACAGUAAGUUUACCGAAAAAAGUCGUUGGGUACCCCUGAUUGUUGUUUCAAUAAAAGUGAUGAGUUAGCCACCAAAAAAAAAAACAAUAUUGAGCUUUGGCUGCGUGGGCUGUAUGUUGAUCGUGAGAGGUCUUAACUUUAUAAGCUAUCACAAAUAAUCAAAUUAUUAUCUUUCUUUAUCGCAGUAAGCCGAUCAAAGUGUCCAUCCUACGUGGGAACAAGUGGCAUUUUACUACAAGAAACAAAGAACGCGUUUAAAAUCAUAACAAAAGAUAACAAACUUAAAAGUAAGUAUCGACGCGAGUUGUGCCGCGAUGUGUGUGAAAGUAGACUCUUGAAAGUAUCCUCUCGGAACUUGAAAUCUGCUGGUUUAAUUGAACGCCCGGGGGGCGGUACUUCCUUAUAUAAGCCAUAUAGGUAUGUGCCGCCCCAAAGGGUGGGGUUUGGGGGCCUUUUUGGUCUGAAAACAGUUAUACGCUUUGCCCAUUUUGGUCUGGAAUCGGGUAUGGUUUUUGAGGGAACUACGUAUACGGGAGUGUGUGAACGUAUUUAUCGUAAGGAAAUAGAAAUAUGCACAUUGGAAAUGCAUUUGAAGAUUUUUUUUGUUUGCGCUCUAAUCUAAGUAUUGAUGACAUAAUUUCUGCGUAAAGGCCAGGUCUGAAAACGGGUAUGGAUUUUAAAGGUGUGGUCUGAAAACGGGUGUCAUGUGGAAAAUGACAUUUUUUGGUCUAAAAUAGGGUUAGGAUUUGGAGAACCGGGCGCCAAACCCCUUCCAAGAAUUCCCAGGAGUAUCCCCCCCCCCCCCCACUCUACGGGAUUGAUAGAUCCCACCCUGCCAUCAGCCGAGCCGUCCUAUCGUUUGCUUCUUUUCUCCUACUCACAAAAGAAAAAGACAAAAGAAGGCGCUGCUCAUAGGGUGGGAAGAUGCCGGGGGGGUACUGCCCAUAAAAGUGACGGGGCUGCUCGGCGGAGAAUUUCGAGAACACCCCUAAAAGGUACCAGAAUCUUGUUUUAUGGGCGUGUCCCAAAUUUACUUUCACCCCUAAGAGGUACCAAUUAGAAACUAUAUAACUGGCACUGCAAAUUUCAAUCGGUAAUAAGAUAACUUUCGAACACUUUCUUCUCAAGGACUUUUUGAAACUAUUGUCAUAAAUCUUUAUCCUAAUCAGUCAUUUUAGGUUUUAGCACCCUAAGCGGUACCGAUCCAAAAAUCUAAACCCCUAAAAGGUACGACGAGCACCCCCGUCACUUUUACAGAGGAGUACCUCCUCCCCCAGGGGAAGGGGGAAGAUCCCAGAUCUAAACGCAUAAAGCAAACGAACUUUCAUUUUUUUUCGCGUCCGAGCUACCAUGCAUGACAUACUCUACUGAACUGGGAAACCUCAGCAUACGAUGGUCCUUGCCUGGUCCUUGUCCUUCUUGAGCUAUUUUUGGACUCUCUACAAGACGGACCCUUAGGCUGGUCAUAUGGAGUCCGUCUGAACUUCGCUUCUCACUAGCAACGAAUCAACCUCGUCCCCAGAGAAUAGCGCCCUGGGGACGAGGUUGGCACCGAAUCAUCUUCAAUUCGGACUGAGCUUGUUUCAAAAAUACAUGUUGAGAUUAAAUGUGUUUUCAAAAAAUUGUCACGGCAAAUAAUUGUAAAUGUUCUGGGCUGCCAUAAUCAUAUUCCUCACCAACUUUGACUGUUCUAGUCAAAUGUGAGUUUUGGCUCUAAGGCCCGGUUCAAACGUCGAAUCUCACAUGCAUGUGAAGUGCGACGUUUGAAUCAAUUAAAUUCGACUGUUUAAAUUAAAUGCGUGGUUUGCCGUAUCUGUGGCUGAAACAGUCGAAGAUCGACUUAGGUUCGACUUUUGAUUGAAGCGUCACAUUUCACAUUUGCCGAACUUAAUGCAUGAAUUUUAGUCAAUUAUUAUUAUAUUGCUGGGAAUAUUGACAGAGUUAAAUUCGACAGAGUUCAGAGAGUUAAAUUCGACGUUGAAUCAAAUGGUUGACUAAAAUAGGAAUUAAGUUCGGCACAUGUAAAAUUCGACGUUUUUAGCUGGGCAUAAGUAGGAAAUAUGUUUACGCUGCCAGUCUCUUGCUGGCGUUCAGACAGUGGAGUGAGUAAAAGAAAAAAAAAAAAGGGGAGCAGAUUUUGUUAUUGCUGUUUUUAUGCUGCUUUUUGUUGGGCGCGCCUCACUAUCUAAACUCUGGAACAGGCUAUGCCGGCCGAGAGAGAGUUCAGUUGAUUGCGUUAGCUCUAUUUUCGCCACAAAUAGCUACGCUGACGUCAAUUACUACAAUAUAAACAACCAGCUCUGAAAUUCUGUCACGUUUGGUCGGUUUUAAUCCCAGCCACGCGCUGGAAUAUCAAAGGCGGCCUCAAAAAUGUAAAUCUGCAUGACCUAAUUGUUCCUUUCACGUCCUGUUUUGAUGCACGAGACGGAUGCCUUUUUCCAGAGAGAUUUUCCAGCUUUAUGUUUAAGGUCGAAAUCCUCUUAGCUUAAUCGCGGUUAUGUUUUCAAGAGAUUAGUGACCCAUAAGCAACUUUUUUUGUCCGCAAACAUGCACUCAGAGCUCUCAAGCUUGUAUAGUGAUGUCAUUUGUGGCCAAAACGGAUUCGGCUGACCUCCUACGCUUUUAGUGGUAUUCACGUAUUUUAACCCUAACUUCCAGUCUUCCGGUGAUGUAAGCUGUUGUUCUAUGUAAAUCUAAUGGAGAUCCUAUGUUGCAAUCUAUCAAACGAAGGCUCUUCGACAGUGCUUUUGCUUUGUAACAUUUGCUUUCUGGGUUUUCUGCGGUUAAAUGAAUUUAAAUUGAAUGUUGACUUUUUGCACUACACUGUGUUCUGUGUUCUUUUCCUUUGAAGCAAAUAAACGCCAUCCAUUUCGAAAAAUAAUUCGUUUUGUUUUUCAACUCGGUUGAUAAAAGUGAAAUGAAGCUGAACCUCCACUAAGCGGCCACCCUCUAUUAAACGGCCAGUAAACAAAGCCCUAGACUUUCAAAAAAGUCCUUCGUCCGAUUUAAUGUGGCGCCGGACCUCUAGCGACUUUGUCACUCCUUGGCCAAGAAACUCGUGAGGUCGACUUGUAUCAAGUCUACCAAAGUCCCGAAAUAAUUGUAGAAAAGAUUGGAAACUUAGACCUCUAUAAAGUUUGCUACCUCUAUCAGCUGCCGCGGCCACUUUUUGGCCAUCCUAACGAGAGCUAUGUUAUUGUUGUCCCCUUUAUUGAGCGGCCGUCAAGCGCUUGAAACACUUAGUUUCGCUUUGUUUCAAGAAUAUGAAGAAGAAAAAUACAGUCCGAGAUAGAAGAUGACGACUGACUGCCGUAGCGUGUUUGACUUAAAAUAAAGAGAAGUUUCUGCUUAAGAUUAUAAUUAUGUUCUGCAAGGUAUGACGAGCCUCUAUUGAUGGGCCAACCUCCAUUAAUCGGCCACCUGCCGGUACCCCGAGAGUACUGGCCGCUUGAUGGAGGUUUAACUGUAGAUGGUAAACGUGAUUCAAAUGCUAACCCUUCCUCAAAAAGAAUCCAGACGUCAUCUAUUGUUGAUACGGACCUUUGCGGUGGUCAAUUUACUUUAUCUACGCAGUGGAUAUCGCUAAAUUUUGGUUUCCUUAUUCACCCCUCCUCCCACUCAUAUCCCACUUCCUUGAAUAGUCCUUCAGUCUCAAAUGUGCAGAAACACUUAAGCCACUUGGCACUGUCUUGACAAUGCCACGUUUAAGGUUUCAUUGCUAAAAUGGAGUGUAUUGUGUCGGUUACACCAUUUAUCUGGGAUGUGAACGAUCCAUUAAUCCGGACACGUUACCGAGUAUAACGUCCCUAUUUAGCUGGUCUGGGCCCAACCUCGUCCCCAGGGCGCUUUUCCCUGGCUUAGCGCCCUGGGGACGAGGUUGGUCUGGGCCGUAUCUCCCGUUAAUACAGACAUUGAGGGGUCCAAAGAAAUUGUCCUUAUUAAGCAAGUUGAAUUAAGAGUGAAUGUAAGGGCUUUCUUUCCCUAGGGACCGAGCAAAUUGUCCGUAUUAAGCGGGUAUCCGUAAAGCGGGGUUUGACUGUAAUUCGAGAUGGAGAUCUCUCUGACAUGGAGCGUGCGAGAGCUGGUCUUGUCGGUGUCCUAAGGCCAGCCAGUGGUGCUUCCGACUCGAGGGUGUCCCGAGUAAAGCCAGAAGUUCUGCCUGGCUCCGCUAGCCCCCAUGGCUAUUCCAAGCAGCCAGUACUCUAAUGUUUACUUGUAAUCAUGAUUUUCAUUGUCGUAAUUUAUUUUUGAGCAGUAGUGAGUACAAAAUAAUGAUUGUUGUUGUUGACUCGAGGAUGUCCCGAUAAGGGAGAGAACUUUCAUACUGGCAGGCAGCCACCGUUUUAUUGUUUUAUUGUUAUUAUUUUAUUAUCAUUUUGCCAUAUAAGUUAAAUAUAUACAUAAAAUUUAAAAAAGGUGAGGCAAGAGAUCCCAAGGAAGCAAUAAGGCUUUUGAAUAGGACCAUCUUUAAAAAAAGUACUCGGUACCUAAUUAAUAAAUAAAAUACUGACAUCGGCAAGUCCAACAAGCUAAGAAAAUGCGAUUUCUCUACAACAUAAAAAAAUAAUCGUUAAAUAGGAUAAAAACAGACAAGGCUGAACGAGCAAGUGCAAAAACGAAAAAGUGAGAAAAUACAAUGCAAGAAUAUACGGGGAAAAAAAAGAAAAACUACACACAAGCACUAAGAGAAGUAGAGUGUAGUUUAGAAGGGAACACUGCAAAAUACAUUCACAGCAGCCACCUAUCUACAUCUAGAUUUUUUGUCUUUUUCUCUUUAUUCCAACCGGCAAGCUUGCGUCGAAUACGAUAUAUUAAGCAGGUUUUGAUGGCCGCUUCAGUUAUCAUUUCAUCCAUUUAGCUCAGCCUUUCUUUAUCAAACUGUAAUAAAAUCACUCAUAUAAUGAAAGAACUUGCAACUAAAAGAUAUCAGAAUUAACUCUUUUUCUAGAGAAUUGGAUUAUUUCUUGAGUAGCGGGUGAAUGGAAGAUUUGGAUAAAAAUCAAAACACAAACAUUUUCUAUCAUAAUAUCCAUAACAAUCGUUGAGAUUAUGUUUGUCAUCGAAAGCCAUAGUUAGUUCUUGACAAAUAAAACUGUUUUUUCAACAAGCUGCACUUUGAAACUGUUUCAUCAGUCGACAUCAUUGAAUCGACCGUGGGAAAACCGUGUCCUACGCAUCAGGAAUACCGGAAAUAUUACAAAUUUUUGUAAACAACAAGAUCGAGAACAAGCGUUCUUGACAUUCUCUUGUUUAUUUGAAUUUAUUGCAACAUCGAAACUGAAGUGCUUUUCCUGUCGGUUUAAGUCAAGAGGUAUCUCGUUAUUUGACGUAACCCUGAGAGCGCCUACUCCCCGACACGUUUCUAGCGAUUUUGUAGUGAAGAGCGUUUAUCACAAAAUUUGGCUUCUACAGCAUGAUGCAGCCAUAGGUAUUGCUACUACACAGAUAUGCUUCCUGCAAUACUCUAACAUAUUGCGGUCAUGUAAAUAAAGUAAUGAUUUGCUUCUACUACAGUAGAACCCCGGUAACUCGAACUCUGAAGGGAAACGAAAAACAGUUCGAGUUAGCGGAGAAUUCGAGUUAUCGGGGUAAAUUUCAGUGAAAUUUUGAUCAAGGGAGAGGAAAUUUAGUUCGAGUUAGCGGGGAAUUCGAGUUAUCCCAGUUCUAGUUAUCGAGGUACUACUGUAUAUUACUACCUCCUGGAUGAGGUGUUCGACAUUUCUUAACAGGAGUAUAAACAGUCAACUCUUGACGGACAACUCGCCACGGCAGAAUUUCCCAGAAAAAUGCUUCAAAUAAAAUAACUCUCUGGGAUUUCUUUUUUCUUUGUUUAGUUUUCUUUCAUCACUUGUUUUCCCUUUAAUGUUAUUGCUGGCCCUUUACAGCUCCGCGAGGUUUUUGCGAUAAAAGUAUUUCUGGUAAAUAACUGUGAACUGAUCGACACCCCCACCUAGGAUUAUAGCGAUGGCAAGGUGACCCUUUCUGGGCAAUAAUGAUUCUUGAAGGUUGGGUAAGACUGUUUCUUUGUGCUUGACCCAGUGCUGUCCCUCUUAGACGGACAGGUGCGGACUGUACACACCAGUACGAUGUUUUAUAAGGCUCAGUCUGGGGAUCGCUGCGCGAUCCGCUCUUCAUAUGGGAUAGAAGAUCGCGGACUACUCUGAGUUGGCUUUAUGCCGCUGGAUAUUAACUAACUUCUUGUUUUUUGUUGUUGUUGGUUUUGCUUUUUUUUGUUUUUGUUUUUCUUUAUCGUUUCAUCAAAGCUUAGGCAACCUUGUUUGCUUUGUACUUCUUUUUUUGUUCUGUAUGUUUUAGCUUUCACACGACACAGCUAAUUCAUAUCGUCGGUGUUGUCUUUAUUUUGCAGUGAUUCCCAAAGCCAAUAGCGUGUUCACGUUUGAGCUUGGAGGGUUCGAGUUCACAAUUCAUGGCAAUCAUUUUCGGUAUCGAUCCUGCGAGCGGUCUGCACGCAAGUUCAAACGUAAACCGACGACGGACUUGUGACGAACUCAAGAGUUUGGAUGGAAGAGGAUAAUAAGAGUCAAAUUGCCAUGCUUAGCGUGACCACCAGUCCAGAUGCGCUUUGCGAGGGAAGCCGUAUCAUCCACUGGUUGCUUGCGCAAUGGAGCGUGCUGUGAUAACGGCUUGUCUUUGACUUGAUGGUUGCAAGAUUUUGCUACUUGCCUCACUGAACAGAGGCUAAAUAUCUCUUUUAAGAAGAUCCACGUUGCACUCAAUUUUAAUCGCGUGGUGCAAUCGCAUAGAUUGAGUUUUUUGGGUACUCAAUUAAAACUCUGGUCGCACAUGCGACCAACUGCUUAUAAUCUUGGGGAGUCUCUGAGAAGCUACCCACCUACCCUCCUCUAGGUUUAGCCUUAUGUGAAAGGUUAGUGUUAACGUCGGGUUAGGGGAGGGGUGGGUGAGUAGUUUCCCCUGCUGCUUGGAUGCAAACUGAUUUCACCUGAAAAUAAUAUUGCCAGGCCAACUUUUUUCCAUUUUGAACUCUGUGUUGUCCAAAAAAUAACCAAAAUAAGCGAUCAUGCUCAGUUUUUACUUUUAUUUGAGAAUCACAUUUGAUAUCUUAGAGUUUAUAAUAUAAGAAAAGAUGGCUGACGAUACUCGGAUAAAAUUCCAGCUCAGCUUCAACCAAAAAAAUUUGGAACUCGCCAUGACACAGCCACUUUACUUGUAUACGGAACUUAACGCUGGAAUUCCUAUCUUUUGCACGGAAAACAAAUGAUCGCGUGAUCGUGAAGUUUAGGGCGCUCUGUCCCUUUUCAAGAUUGUUCAAAAAGGUUGCGUUUGUGAUGAAUGAAGAUUUCAACACUUGGGUAGUGAAAAUUGACUAAAAUGAGCGUUUUGUAAUUUGAUUUAUUAUUUG